AUGGCUACACCUGUUUUGCCGGGUACGUCGGGGCUUGAAUGUACCGUCAUCGUUGGCCCAGAAUUCCAGUGCAGUGCAUCUCCUAACGGUUCUAUCACGAUACAGACGAACACUGGACCAAUCAUUAUCUUUCUGCAUCGAAUUGCUGAUCAAAGGAGGAUUCAGAUCAACCCGGUUCACCAGCAACGCAUACCAGUAGUGCCAUUUCUGUCUGAGACUAGUACCAGCCAAACAACAUUCUGGUUUGCAGAAAACAGCGGUUCAGCGGACACACAACAAGAGAAUAGCAAUGACUUGCUCGGAAACCCUUUUAGUCGUGAGCAGAGAAACGCAGAAGCAUUCAACAGCACGGCAAACGAACUAGAGGAGGGAAUCCAUGCCAGCCUCGGUGGAGAUGAAUACACAUACCACAGUGUUAGCAGCAGUGGCAGUUUCAAAAAAAUCAGCUCCGGGAAAAGGUCCAAACCACUUUCUUCGGACGAAGAGUUGAAAGAGUUUUGUCGGAAGCUCUCAACAAAGACUUUGGAGCAGUGGAAGUCAAGACAUAAAGACGACCAGAGUUUGAAAGUAUUGCUUUCUGAUUGGAAUACUAUCUUCGGCCAGAUCAACUAUUCGUCUCCUGGACAAUGGUCAUACCAAACUAUCAUCAAAGCAGAGACACUUGGGGGUCUCCAUCUACCAUUCCACAAGAUGAUCCUCGCUACCUGGUGGAAUAGUUGCUUAGAACGGCGAACUUCCGAGGUUACCGCACGUAUCAAGAAACAGAUGGUGUUAGCCUUAGAACCGGGCUUCGAUAGUUUCGAUGCCAAGGUCCAGGAUUCAAAGCGAAAACAGAUCGAUAGAUGCAUACUUCAGGGCAAUGUCAUCACCCUGAUGUUCAAUCGAGCGCCUGGUUUGGUCAUCACAGCUGCUCGUUCUAUAAAGACAACCGAAUACGAGAUUUUGUGGAAGAACAAGCUCCAUCCCAGUGUCUCUAUGUUAGACUGGUUAAGUGAAGAAUUAAUCAAGGACUCACAACUGUACUUAGAACCAGUACUGACUAUCCUUCAUUUCUUGAGCAAAAUCUUUGAUAUCCAACCGCAAAGCCCAAACCCACAAGCUAAUUGUAGUCUUCCACAAUCACGAAUAGAACCCGAGUCUCAGACGGAUGCCGCAUCCUCCUCCUGUCGAGCUAUACAUAGCCUGAAAGAGCCGGUUCCCUCCUACCAAAUUUCCCUAUGCGGUCAGCAGCCGUCUGAAGACUCUAUCGAAACGAUAGCAAACACUGCCAAAAGACGAAAAAUCUCCAGCAACAUAUGCCUGCAGUCCCCGAAGGUAUGCCCAAUCUUGAUACCAGAAAGUAAUGGAGGUACAACCCAAGAAGAGAGUCAACACUACUCAACAGACCCCUCCAU